UUUCCCCCCCAAAAUUGUGGCUAAAACCAGUUGCAUUGUAGAAUUUCAAAUUUCCUUCAUUUUCUUUUCCUCAUUUUUCUCGGUAUCCAAACAGAACCAACUUUGAAUUUCAUGUGUAUAUGAAAGCAGAAGCAGUGAACAGAAACCGAAAUUCCACAUACUUAGGGUUCUAGAGAAAGAAAAGAUGCUCUGUUUGGUUUCCUAGAAACUAUAAGAAGUUUCGAUCGCACUCUCCAAGUAGGCACACACACCCCUGCUGCCGCGCCACGGCCAUGUCAUGGUCGUGACAACUGCACCCACAGUUCCUCUCAUCACAGACACGCUAUUCAGACAAUGCAAGACUUUAGUCCAAGCCAAGCUCCUCCAUCAGCAGAGCUUGGUCCAGGGCCUCACGGACAUGGCCACGGACCUCAUCCGCACCUACAUAGCCUGCGACGCUCCAGUGCAGGCCGUUUCGUUGCUCGAGCGCCUUGCUCCGUCGCAUUUCACCGUCUACUGGUGGAACGCGCUGAUACGACGUGCGGUGCGUCUUGGGUUUCUCGAGGAGGUGCUUGGUUUGUACAGAAGAAUGCAGAUACUUGGGUGGAGACCUGACCACUAUACCUUCCCUUUUGUUCUCAAAGCUUGUGGCGAGAUGCCGUCGUUUCGUCGAGGCGCUUCGGUCCAUGCCGUGGUGUGCACAAAUGGGUUUGAGUCCAAUGUCUUUGUUUGUAAUGCGGUGGUGGCAAUGUAUGGAAGGUGUGGUGCGUUGGAUGAGGCGCGCCGGGUGUUUGAUGAUUUGUGCAAUAGAGGGAUACGUGAUGUGGUUUCGUGGAAUUCGAUUGUGGCUGCUUACGUACAAGGUGGCGAUGCUAAGAAUGCACUCAAAAUGUUUGAUAGAAUGACUGAUGAUCGAGGAAUCUGCCCGGAUGCUGUUAGCAUUGUGAAUAUUCUUCCAGCUUGCGCUUCCGUGGGUGCUUGGUUGCAGGGUAAGGAGGUUCACGGGUUUGCGUUUCGGAGUGGGUUGGUCGAGGAUGUGUUUGUGGGUAAUGCUGUAGUGGACAUGUAUGCCAAGUGUGGAAUGAUGGAUGAAGCAAACAAGGUUUUUGACCGGAUGAUGGUUAAGGAUGUGGUUUCUUGGAAUGCCAUGGUUACUGGAUACUCUAAGAUUGGUAGAUUUGAGGAUGUUCUUGCUUUGUUUGAGAAGAUGCGGGAGGACAAUAUUCAGUUGGAUGUCGUGACUUGGAGUGCGGUGAUUGCGGGGUAUGCUCAGAGGGGGCAUGGUUAUGAAUCAUUGGAUGUGUUCAGGCAAAUGCGCGUCUGUGGGUCGGACCCGAAUGUUAUUACUCUGGUGUCUCUUCUUUCAGGUUGUGCUUCUGUGGGAGCAUUGCUUCAUGGAAAAGAGAUUCAUGGUUAUGCCACAAAAUGUAUUCUUAACAAAAAGGGAAGUCAUCCCAGGGAAGAUCUAAUGGUAAUAAAUGGUCUAAUUGACAUGUAUGCUAAGUGCAAAAGUACUAAAGUAGCACGAAUGAUGUUUGAUUCAAUAGCACCAGAGGAUAGGGAUGUGGUAAGUUGGACUGUCAUGAUUGGCGGGUAUGCUCAGCAUGGAGAAGCCAAUGAUGCACUGGAGCUUUUCUCCAAGAUGCUUGAACAGGAGAAUUUUUUAAAGCCAAAUGCUUUUACCAUAGCUUGUGCUCUGAUCGCUUGUUCUCGUUUGGGUGCCUUGAGGUUUGGUAAACAAAUUCAUGGUCAUGUGUUACGCAAUCACUAUGACUCUAUGAUGGUGUUUGUAGCUAAUUGCCUCAUAGAUAUGUAUUCCAAAUCUGGAGACAUUGAUGCUGCUCGAGUUGUGUUUGAUAACAUGAAGCAGAGGAAUGCUGUUUCUUGGACAUCUCUAUUGACAGGUUAUGGCAUGCAUGGUCAUGGAGAAGAAGCUCUCCAGGUUUUUGAUGAGAUGAGGAGAGCGGGGUGCGAGGCUGAUGGCGUGACCUUGGUUGUUGUUCUUUAUGCUUGCAGUCAUACCGGAAUGGUCGAGCGGGGAAUAAACUACUUCAAUAGCAUGAGCGAGGAUUUUGGGGUUGUUCCUGGAGUGGAACACUAUGCUUGCAUGGUUGACCUCUUGGGCCGUGCUGGUCGCCUGUACGAGGCUCUGAAACUCGUAGAAGGCAUGCCGAUGGAGCCGAACCCGAUAGUGUGGGUGGCGUUGCUUAGUGCUUGCAGGAUCCAUCAAAAUGUUCCACUUGCAGAAUAUGCUGCAAAUCGAUUGUCAGAAUUGGAGUUAGAAAAUGAUGGAACAUAUACUUUGCUGUCAAACAUAUAUGCCAAUGCCAGUCGCUGGAAAGAUGUGGCCAGGAUCAGAUCUUUGAUGAAACAUACAGGGAUCAAGAAGAGGCCUGGUUGCAGUUGGGUCCAAGGAAAGAAAGGUACUGCAACCUUCUUUGUGGGGGACAGGUCUCAUCCUCAGUGUCAACAAAUAUACGACAUCCUUGCAGACCUAAUUCAACGCAUCAAAGCUAUGGGGUAUGUUCCUGAGACGAGCUUUGCUCUUCAUGAUGUGGACGAUGAGGAGAAGGGUGGCCUUCUUUUUGAACAUAGUGAGAAGUUGGCGCUUGCAUAUGGCAUCCUUACAUCACCUGCAGGCGCACCCAUCCGAAUCACCAAGAACUUGCGCGUUUGUGGUGAUUGCCACACUGCUAUCACCUACAUAUCCAACAUCAUUGACCAUGAAAUUAUCUUGAGAGACUCGAGCCGCUUCCAUCAUUUCAGGAAAGGAUCCUGCUCCUGCAGAGGCUAUUGGUGAUAACUUAAUUAUGCAUGUCUAGUUGGGUAAUAAUUUUAUUUAUUUAUUCUAUGGCAAUGGAAAGUGGUAUUGAGAUUAA